AAAUUAAAAAAAUAGAAAGAAAAAAAAAAACAGAAGGACUCAUUGAAAUUCUUCAAUCGGGUGGGUUCGGAAAGACUUCGCAAACUACCCCGGUCGGAGGAAAUCCCCGGCGGGCGAAGUAAAUGUCUUUGAGAGCUGGGGUGAUGGAGGAUUCCCAUUUUAAUUCUUCAUAUUUCUGGUCCCCUGUACAGGGACAGAUUGAGAAUGCUGUAUUUCUCAAUAAGGUAAAAGAGCAGCUUGGUCAGGACAAAGGCCCCACCUACUCACAUGGCCCCGCCCACUAUCCCACCACAGCAGUGGUGGCGGUUGCUGGGGGUGCCAUGGAUACCAUGACAGCAAGGACACUAAAACAGGGGCAUGCACAUCCAUCUCAGUCCUCACACAGUAUCACAGUGUUGCCGGUACCGCCUACCAGCAUCAUGACAGCAGCGGGUUUGGUCACGCUGGUGUCUCCAGUGUCAUCUGCUCAGUCCCUUAUUCCUGGACAUCCAUCCACCACCAUGAUAUCAGUCCAGACUGACAAGAAAAAUGACUCUGUGCCCUGCUCACCGGUUAUCAUCCCGUUACCGUCGAAACGAGGCAGAAAGAAGAAAGAAUCACUCCCACUGGUUGGUUUACCUACUGGGACAGAUCCCUUGAUUUUGGGUCUUUCAGGACAGCAUCAUUCUGCCAACCCUUACAGUCUGUCUUCAGAAGAAGGGCAUGCUGGGAAAGAGGGUGGAAAAACCUACAGGUGCCGGAUGUGUGGUUUGACGUUCUGCAAUAAAUCAGACAUGCAGCUGCACUCCAAGUCGCACACGGAGGUGAAAGCUCACCAGUGUCCGCACUGCUCCAAAUCCUUCGCUAACACCAGCUACCUGGCCCAGCACAUCCGCAUCCACAGCGGUGCCAAGCCCUACACCUGCUCCUACUGCCAGAAGGCUUUCAGACAGCUCAGUCACUUACAGCAGCACACACGAAGCCACACAGAAUCCAAACCUCACAAGUGUCCUCACUGCACGAAAUCAUUCGCCAACACAAGCUACCUUGCUCAGCAUGUACGAAUACACACAGGAGUCAAACCUUACAUCUGUAACUACUGCCAGAAGACCUUCAGACAGCUCUGUCACUUGCAGCAACACCAGAGGAUCCACACAGGAGACAGACCAUACAAAUGUUCACAUCCUGGUUGUGAGAAGUCUUUCACUCAGCUUUCUAACCUUCAGUCUCAUCGGCGUCAGCACAAUAAGGACAAACCGUAUAAGUGUCACCACUGUAACCGUGGUUAUGUAGACGCAGCCGGCCUGGAGGUUCAUCUGUCUACUCACACAGUCAAGCACGACAAGCUCUACUCCUGUGGUUUAUGCAACCACACAUAUACCUCGGAAACAUAUCUGAUGAAGCACAUGCGAAAACACGCCCCAGAUAUGCUACACGGAUCAAACCAACAGAAUCACAGCCCCGGUCACGCAGGAGGAAGUAGCUCGGAUGGAAACGGGCAAAGCCAAGCUGAGAGGAACAAUGCCUUCGUCCAGCCGGUCGGUGUGCCGUGCAUAUUCGACUUGAACCAAUACAAGCCAGUACCUUCUGCAGAUGUACAGUAUAAAACUGUCAGUGUAUCAGACAUCUCCCCUCACAAAGACCUCUGCAUCACUGUGGAGGCUUCUGCCAUACAGGUGGAACACCUGAACUCACGAGGAAUCCCAUGAAACUUUGGAGGUUAGAAAAAACUUUUGUAACCAAUGAGAUACACACAGAGCUGUGGAUAUAGAAUGACUUUUCUUACUUGAUACCUUUUUUAUUCGUAUGAAGAAGCAAGUGGAUUUAAAUGGACAAAAUUGAAGAAAACAGACUUUUGUAUUUUUUUGUAAUCCAGAUCUUCCUUCCAAAAGCUUCCUUGAAGACUGUUGCUGUUUCAGUGGGUACCCAGCUCAUAUCUCAAGUCUUUUGCUGAAAUUUAUCUUGUUUGUAUGAUUGUCUGCCUCUGCAGCUGUUGGUACGAUCACUGCACUGUCAACAUUAAUAUUGUUACUGUCAAUGAGAACGGAAAUAUUGUGUCUUGCACAGUAUAUAUGGGAAUUGUUGGUCUGUUUUUACUUUUAAAAAGGGAAAUUUGUUUGCAGUCAUAUAUGUUAAAAAGCAUGUAUAUAUGGUUAAAAGAUGUAUUGUGUGUGAAUGAAAAAGAUGUGUGUGUCAACUAAUGUUGAUGGCAAAUAUCUGAGAUGGUGUUUUUCUUGAAAAAUUAUCCUGUUUAGUGUUUCCAUUUGCAGAUGACAUGUAAUAUUCCAUUAUUCCAUUAAUAGAAUAUAUAAUAUUCUAUUGUAACUGUUAUCAAAAUAACUGUUAACAUGCAAAAACCUCCAGGAAUUAACAAAAUCAGAUUAGUGUGCAUUAACCCUUUAAAACAAGAUUAAAAAACAGAAAUUAUUGCUUCUAAUGUGCCUCCUUGUGAUAAUCUGUUUUAUAAAAGGUCUCUUGACUCUG